UUGGUUGGUUAAACCGAAGAAACCCACUCGGUUUACUAAAACGUAAACGGACGCGUGGUAUUGUGAAAAGGUGAUUGGGUGAGAAGCCUAACUGGCUGUCUCUCGGCUGUGUCACUACUAGGUGGGCAUCUAAAGAAAAAACCACUUGUUUCCUCAUAUUCUCUCUUUUUUUAUAAAAAAAUUAUUUUUUUCUUCUUUUAUCAUCUCCAAAAACUCCAACAUCUCUCGCUCAAAAAGAAGGAGCCAUGAAUGGUGAAGAAAGCUUCGUUGAAGAUUGCUCUGAGUUUAUUGAAGUUGAUCCUUCAGGAAGAUAUGGAAGAUACGAGGAAGUACUUGGCAAGGGAGCUUCCAAGACAGUAUACAGAGCUUUUGAUGAGUACGAAGGGAUAGAAGUGGCAUGGAACCAAGUCAAGCUUCGAAAUUUCACUAGGAAUCCUGAGGAGUUAGAGAAAUUCUUUAGAGAGAUUCAUCUGCUCAAGACCUUGAAUCAUCAGAACAUCAUGAGAUUCUACACUUCUUGGGUUGAUACUGACAAUUUAUCAAUCAACUUUGUCACUGAACUCUUCACCUCCGGCACUCUCAGACAGUAUAGGUUGAGACAUAGAAGAGUCAACAUUAAAGCAGUGAAGCAAUGGUGUAAGCAGAUUCUAAAAGGGCUUCUCUAUCUCCAUAGCCGCUCUCCUCCAAUCAUCCAUAGAGAUCUCAAAUGUGAUAACAUCUUCAUCAAUGGAAACCAGGGAGAAGUCAAGAUUGGUGACCUUGGACUCGCUGCCAUUCUUUGUAAAUCACAUGCUGUUCGCUGCGUUGGAACCCCUGAGUUUAUGGCACCAGAAGUGUAUGAUGAGGAGUACAAUGAGCUGGUUGAUGUAUAUGCUUUUGGAAUGUGUGUAUUAGAGAUGGUCACUUUCGAUUACCCUUACAGUGAAUGCACUCACCCUGCACAAAUCUACAAGAAAGUUACCUCGGGGAAGAAGCCUGAAGCUUUCUACUUAGUGAAGGAUCCUGAGGUUCGUGCCUUCGUUGAGAAAUGUUUAGCCACCGUGACGUCUAGGCUUACUGCUUUGGAGCUUUUGCAAGACCCUUUCUUACAAGAAGAUGUUAAUGGAUUUGAUCUGAGACCUACUGAUUACUACAACGGUUAUGAUGAACCUGGUGUGUUCCUUAGACAACCUCUCAUAGAUCCUCCUGAUCAGCUUGAGCCACAGAUAUGUGAGAUCAAUCUUUUCGCUCAAGACGAUGAGGAAGACUCUGACCAUGUAGACAUUUCGAUCAAAGGGAAGAGAAACGGUAAUGAUGGGAUCUUCUUGAGAUUCAGAAUCUCUGAUGCAGAAGGACGUAUAAGGAACAUAUACUUCCCGUUUGAGACGGCUAUAGACACAGCGUGGAGUGUAGCAGAAGAGAUGGUGUCUGAACUCGACAUAACGAAUCAAGACGUUGUGAAAAUCGCGGAGAUGAUCGAUGCGGAGAUUGCUGCUUUGGUUCCUGACUGGAAGACUGAUGAUCACAACGUUACAGAAGGUGAAAAAAAUGGAGGAUUCUGUGGGAACUGUGCUACGAAUGGGUAUAUACAAGAGACAGUAUCAUCAAACAGUGAACUCUCAGGGGAGAAACCUCACAACCAUCAUCAUCAAUUUGAUGAGAGAAGCUGUUCUUCGGUACACGGUAGGUUCGAGGAGAUAAGUUACCAAGUGGAAGGAGAAGAACAGCACGGAGAUGGUGGUGAUGUUGUUGUUGUUGUGUCUGGAGAAAGUAAUAAUAAUAAUAACAGGAUUCACUACGCGGAUAUUUGGGGACUGAGAGAUUCACGUUCUGAUGAAGGAGAAGAAGAGCAGGGUACGUCGGUGAGUUUGAGUUUGAGUUUGAGUAGGAGGAAGAAGGUGAGAGGUGAGUGGUGGUCGGAGAAUGAGAUAAGGAGAGAGUUGAGAUGGCUUAAGGCAAGGCAUAAGAUUCAGCUUGAUCAUCAACGGGUAUGUUGUGAGAAACCGACGGAGUCAGCAUCACAGCCUCUUCUUUACAGGGCGAUCUCGCUUCCCGUCGACGCCGUUGAUAUAUGAGAUUGUAUAAAGUCUAAUUAAAUGAGAACAUCUAACCAAAUGGCUUAAGAGCAUGAUUAACGGUAAAACCGUUUAUGGGAUCCUUAAUUUUUUUUUGAUUU